UCGUUGGUCUCUUUGCUCUUCGGUUCGCCCGUCAAUACAGUCCUCACUCUUGUGAUCGGUUUUCUCGUCUAUAAACUCAUAUCCCGAGGACGACAGCGACGGAACAGAUCCGACUCCGAGGAAGAGGUCUUCAAACUGCCCGAACCGCUGCCGAAGCACGACAUGACUUUGGAUGAGCUGAAGAACUACGACGGGAAGGGCGCCGACAAACGGAUCUGCAUUGCAAUCCUCGGCAAAGUGUACGACUGCACCAAAGGCCAUCGCUUCUACGGUCCGGGCGGUCCGUACGCGCCUCUGGCCGGACACGACGCCACCCGUGCUUUGGCCCACUUCGACGUGGAGGCCGUCAAAGAGGAAUGGGAUGACGUCUCGGAUCUGACGCCGUAUCAGAUGUCGAGUGUCAACGAAUGGAAGGAACAGUUCUCCGAGCGAUACGAUUACGUC